UAGUAGUCAGCCACAGUGACUGCAGUAGAUUAUAAGAGGUGCUGCGCAAUUUUGUGCUUCGUAGUAUUAUUAAUGACAUUAAUCCAAGAAAAAUAUUACGCAUGUGUUUAAAUAUUAAUAGACUAUUGGAUAUCAAAAGAAGAUCACGAUAUUCGAUAUCCUGAAUUGAGUAUCAUCAAGAACAGACGCUUUUUAAUGGGAUAUUAUCCAUUUUAAUGAAUUAAAAUAUAUCAGAGCGAAAGUAUUAUUGUAAAGCGAUAACGUAACAACUGAUUAAUUGAUAAUUCUUUGGUACAACGUAUAAAAAAAAAUGGGGAAAGUGAAGAGGAUACCGAAACCAAUUAUAAAAAUCAAGCGUCUUUCGAGAAAAAGAAAAAUGAUCCUAUUGGCUGGCGAAGUUAAGAAAUAUGUACGCUGGAAAUGGGAAAGAGACAAAAUGCACGCUAUUUUGGAGGCUCCAAUAAACUUCGAUACUCUGAAAAUUAUGGCAGACCCGCAAGUGGACAUAGAUUACGUAAGAAGCAUGUCGGUGGUGUCCAUUUAUGAUCGUAAUUAUAGAAGUCCCAUACAAGAAAACAUUUCUGAAGAUUCCGUGCAUAACAGACCCGAUGUAAUGCAUAAGCUGAACAAUUUAAGUAUCAGCGACGAAAGUGAAGGCAAUUAUAAUGUAAAUGCACCGCAGCAGGACGUUGGAUCCGAUAUUUUGCAGAAAACUUCUUUCCUUCAUAUAAGCGAUAAUAAUGAACCAAAUAUAUAUGAUAGAAUUAGAAAUAUUGUUAUGUUAUAGAAUGUAAAUGAAGUGAGUGAGCCUCACUUUUUUACAUUUGGAGAUUAAGCAGUACCUGCGCAUUUAGUAUAUAAGUAAUUUAUUUAUACUAAUAAUAUAUACAUAUAUAUAAUAAAUUUUUUAAAAUAUAUAAAACGCAUAAAUAUGUAUUUAUUUUUUAUACCUAUGUUUAUAACAUGUAUAAACUUAUGAAAUACAUACGCCUGCACGUAUUUCAUAAAUUUUAACACAGCAUUAUGCAACUUAAUUUUAUACUGUAUUAACUUUGUGAAAAUAAUAUUAUAAAUACAUAUUUCUCAUUAUGUUGAA